GCUGUGACGAGGCCAGGGUCUAUGAGGAGGUGGUACCGUCACCCGUGGCGGAAUUGGCCGUAAGGCUAUAGCUCUGGCAGGAUUGCGCAGUUUGGCAACUCGGCAUCCGUUACUUUUCUAUUCAAAUCGAAAUAAAAAAAUUCGAUAAGAAGUUAGAACGCGUUAGAACGUGAGCCAUACAGCCUUCACUUCAAAGCAACGCAAUGGCAGAACUGGGAAGUACUUUGUUUCAUAAACUUUCCCAAUUGAAGUAUCCUGCUAUUUACAAAUUCAAUCCUUCUUCAUUCGAUUGGCUUUUUGAUAAUGACGAGGCUUUUCCCUUUUUACACUGGCUUUGUUCCACAGUUCAGACUACUAAUCUCCUCACGGAUUUUGAACUGAAAAAGUUUGAAAAUUUGAAAAAAGAAGGAAUUACUAUUUUGGAAGGCAAAAGGUUAGCUGAGGCUUACGAUAAUCAUUCUGUAACCAUCACAUCUGCAGAACUUGAGACUGAAAUUGAGGAUCUUGAGUCGGUUAAAGAAGCUUUAAUUCUUCAAAAGCAAGUUUAUGUAAACCAGCUGAACAUCUACAAUUCUAAAGGAAAUAUAAUCAGCAGAAAAAUUGCUGAUCUUGACAGCUUGAAUGCAGGCUUAGAAAUAAAAAAUGAAGUUCUUUUGUCAAAAUUGAAGUGUACUGAUGCAAUGGCUAAUGAAGUUUUGCAAUCUGUUAAUGGAUUGUCAUCACAUGUUUUGGAGUUCUUGAAUGAAGAAAAACUCUUGUGCCAAAAUUCAUUUAAAGAGUAUUUGGCCUUUGAAGAAGAAUGCACAGCCUGUUUGACUAAUUACGCUAACAAACAAUUUGAACAAAAAAUGGGGCAUAUGGGACAAAAUUCUGGAUUGGAAAUGUGUGCUUUCUUACAAAUUGGACAGAGCAAUUUUAGAGUUCUCUUAGGGCUUGAUGAGAAGGCAAGAUACACACAAAACUGGGAAUUAAAUUGCUUGCAGCUACAGUUGCCAUUGGCUGAGGAAGACAGGACUGUAAAUGAAACAGAGGUUUCAUCACUAACCACAGCUAUAGGUAUUAGUUACCAAAUUCUUACUACACUAGUUGAUGGAAAAUUUACUUUAAACCAUGUUGAUAGAGAAUACCAGAAUUCUUUGGACUUCAAAAGUCUGGUUUACUCAAAAGAAUUAGCAUCAUUGAAGAACUGUGUUAAAAAUGCAAUUUCUAAAGCCACACAGUUACGCUGUUCUUCUAUAAUCGUCGGAGACUGUAGCUUAAAACUAUUGAGGCAAGAUUUUUUUAUUGCCAAGCAGAAAGAGUUUCUUUCACUGCUGGUUCAACAAUGGGCUAGAGAGCAGUUAGUACUACUUGCUGUAAGGUUUGAAGGCCGACAAUUAGAAACAUUGCUAUCUACCUUAAAACACAUUUCUCAGUAUCUUCUUGAAUCUGAUCAUCAACUUGUUGAAAGACUUGUUUCAUUGAAACAGUUUGUUGAUCUAGAAAAAAGCCUUCACAAUAGAAACACAAUUCCUAGACAUGAUGAAGCAUCAUGCUCAAUGAAAACUAUAUUGGGUCUCCAAUACAAACAGGAAUGCAGGCAAGACCCUUGGGACUACUCAGAACUAAUUAACUUGGCUGUUAUUUUGAAAAAUCAUUUAGAAGAAGCCAAGUCAAAUUUAGGGCAACUGAGUAGAAUUGUCAUAAAUCAACAAAAAUGCCUAGAGCAGCUGGUUUUUAAGUUGGAAGAAUUGCUCUUCGGGUUUCCGCUAACGUCUAAGACGCAGAAACCUUCUAAUCUACAAUUUCUUGAUGAAAGAAUUGAUACUUUGAAUGUUGUAAGACGAGACGUUCAAAGUCAGUUGAAACCCUUGAACAGAAAAUUCAAAACUAAACAGGUCGUUUUCAAAACUGAUCAUCUGAACGUACUAGAACGUAGAUUAUGGACGCUUUUUUACACUGAUGUCACAUCAAUGGUUCAUAGAACAAACGCUUUGAAUAUUAAAAUAAUUCCCAUGUAAAAAUUGUAUUUCUUUUUCAUACUACACAAUAUCAAUGUA